AAAUGGUAGUGCACACCGCAAGGAACACAUGUUAGAGGAAAACAAAUAAUUAUUUCCAUAUUUAAGGAACUAGAUUCAUCUAAAAAUGGGGAAAAAGAGAAAGGGUAAGAAGAAGAAGACGUCUCAGAUUGACAAUCAGGAGCUGAGUUAUAAGGAUGCUCCACAUUCUUUUGUUUUCCAUCGAGGUCAUGUGGGUCGAAAUGUGAAACAACUUGUCAAUGAUACAAAAAAUGUCAUGGAACCCUUUACAGCAAAAAAUCUCCAGGUUCGGAAGAAGAAUGUGAUGAAGGAUUUUGUGAGUGUAGCAGGACUUUUACAUGUGUCACAUUUUAUCAUGUAUACUAAAACAGAUGUUGGUGUAUACCUAAGAUUGUGCAGACUUCCUCGUGGUCCUACAUUGACAUUCAAGGUCCAUAACUACUGCCUCAGUAAAGAUGUCAUUUCGUCACUACGUAAACCAAAUCUUGAACAGAUCCAGUAUCUGCAUCAUCCACUUCUUGUAAUGAACAACUUUAGUGGUGGCGGGAACCAUGUUAAACUAAUGGCGACCAUGUUCCAGAAUAUGUUUCCUUCUAUAAAUGUUCAUAAGGUGAAGUUAAAUGAUGUGAAGAGAUGUGUUCUAGUCAGCUUUGAUACAGAGACAAACUUGAUUGACUUCAGACAUUAUAACGUAAAGGUGGUGCCUGUUGGUAUGAGCCGAGGAGUGAAGAAAAUCAUGCAAGCCAAAGUUCCUAAUCUAGGAAAAUAUGGCGAUAUAAGUGAAUAUAUGACCAGAGCUGGAUACUCUUCAGAAAGUGAGGUAGAACUAGAUGGUCCAAUGAAUGAAGUAAUUUUACCUCAGCAGAUAAAGAGUAGAGGAAAUAUCAAGUCUGCCAAAAGUGCAGUCAGAUUGACAGAACUUGGGCCACGACUGACAUUAGAAUUGAUAAAGAUAGAGGAGGGGAUAUGUGAGGGACAGGUUAUGUACCAUGGUCUUAUUACAAAGUCAGAAGCUGAACUAGCUCUCAUGAAAGCCUUGAGAGAGAAAAAGAAGAAGAUAAAAGAAACAAGACGUCAACAGCAGCAGAAAAAUAUACAGAAGAAGGAGAGUGAAAAAGAGACACAUAAACAAAAAAGUUUGGAGGGAAUUCGUAAAAAAAAUUUAGAAGAUGGUGUAGAACAGCCUGAAACUCAAGUGUCAGAUGAUGAAGAUGAUGAUGUUGAUUAUUAUAGGCAGGAACUUGGCCACAUGCCAGAUGCUGAUACUUUCAUACCUGGAGGGAACAAAAGAAAGAAAUCAAUGACUGAUAAACAUGUUGUUAAAAAAAGGAAAAUAGAAAACAAAGGCAGCAAACCUAGCAGUGUUAAAAGAGGUGAAAAAGACGGUACUAAAGGCAAAACUGAUAAAACUUCUAAAGAUAAAAACACCCAAAAGUCCAAGAAGGAAGGAAAGACUCCUUUACAAGUAAUGAUGGAGAGAAAGAAGAAGAAAAAGAAAAUGCAGGAGAAAAAGAAGAAUAAGUUUAAAGGAAAGAAGAAGAAAGUUUGAUUAAGAACUGGAUAGUAGUGAAAAAUGUUGCCUUAAUGGAGAACUCAAAAUUUUUCAGCUAAUGGAUUUUGAAAUGAUAAAUAUUAAAAGCUAACAUCAUAGUACACUUAGCUGUUCUGAAUGAUUUUUAUUUCAAAUUUACUAAUUGAUCAGGAGUGCAUAGAUCAUAGAAUAAUCAGCUAAUUUUCCUCCUUGGGGUUCUGCACUGUAUGGUCAACUUUGCCGACCGCAGAUGCCAUACCACUCAACUCUUUGGGUUUGAGCGCUGGUCAGGUUUUACCAAGGUCCGCCAGUGAAUGAAAUAAUGAAUGGAGAAGAGUCUGGGAUCUUGUUUCACUAUUUAAGCUUGAAACCACCAUUAUGAUAUGAACUAUGGUAAUGCCACUUAAAUUCUAAUAAAAUGAAUUAACAUGAUUUCCAAAUAGCAUUUCACCAGUAAUAAACUUGUUUGAUUAUAUUCACAUAGAUCAUUCUGACAUAGAUCAACAGCUUGGUCAGCUUAAUAGGUAGAGCUUUAGUCAAUGAAGUCAGAGGCAUGGAGUAGCUUUGCCUGUACUGAAGACAAUACAUCUUGGGUCAUUUGUCCCUUGGGGCUUCCUUGCCUGAGUGAUAAGGUCGCCGGCUUAAAUGAUUUGACCCUCAGGAAUGUUGGUUCCAGCCUCACUUGGGGUGUUAAUUCUUCAUGUGAGAAAGCCAUCCAGCUGGCUUACUUAAGGUUAUUAGUUCUGCGCUAACACCAGUCCAUGAUAAAAUAAUGCACACAGGAUCCUCCGCCAUCAAAGUUGGAAUGUCGCGAUAUGACCUAACAUUUGUCCAUCACCUUUUGAUUCAUAAGCAGAAGUUGUCUGUUGCUUGUGGAGAACAAGUAAAUCCUGGAAUCUGGGAAUAUUAGUUAACUGUUACUGGUUAUAAUUGAAAUAUUGUUAAAAUAUAUCAAGAAACAGACAUAGGUCAUACUUGUAUACAAAAUAAAUAACGAGUUACUUUGUUGUGUACAUCAUUUAGAAUCUGGCUUGAUUUAUUACCAUUUGAAGAGGUUUGAAUAGAAGGAUGAAUUAAAUUUUAAAUAUCUAGUUUUGUGUCAUAGUGAUUCUUAAAAAAAUAAAAUUUGACUUAAUCAGUUAUAUAAUGUUUCUCCUGCCUAAAUCCUAAAAUGGUAGUAAAUUGAGACAGAAAUAAUGCUGAAAUGGUUGUUAAUUGAGACUUACAGAAAUGGUGUAUAUUGGGACUUGCAGAAAUUAUGCUGAAAUGGUUUUUAAAUUGAGAUUUGCAGGUUUGCUGAAAUGAUAUAGAAAUAAUGCUGAAAUGAUAAUUAUAUUAUAUAUGAAGACUUACAAAAAUUGAAAUGAAAUGGUAUACAUUGAAAGUAUGCUCAAUCCUUUCAAAAAGCAAAGUUACUUUUUCUAUUGAUUUGAAAUCAUCUAUCCUUAAUGGUGAUGAUAAGGAAUGAUGUGUAGACUAAAAAAGCUUAUAGCAACUUGAAUCUUUUUAAAUAUAAAAUAUUAUUAUCAUUAUUCUGCAGUUUUAUUUAUGAGCUAAUAAAUGUACAGUCACUAUGCAUACAGAAGUAACAAAAUUCAGGCAUGCCCUUACGCCUUAUCAGCAUCAGGUGAUUUGGUCUACGGACUUGAAUUUGAUUCCAUCAUUGUGUAAAUACUUGACAUAAAUAAAGAAAUGUCAUUUCAAACUGA